GACGUCACUUCAUCUGCAGGCUUACAGGGGCUGCACUGUUAACAGCAAGCGGGGAGAACUGCUCCGCACAUGCCGAUACGCGUUUACUGAUGUCGGCGUCCCCGGCUGCUGUUCAUCGUUGUUUAUCCCGUGACUCUGCAGAAGGCAUAUAAAAGGAAAUGUGCAGCUUCAUGCGAGCGCAGCCGAUCUGAUCCUCCGCUUUAUGCUCUUCUCUGCAGCCUUAAAAUAAGCGAGGUUUAGCGAGCGCCACCGUAAGGGACCGUAUAUAAAGCAGCUCUCUACUGUUUACGCCGGACCGGCUCUUCAGGGAGGUCGCUCUGCUGGCAGCGUUGGUUCCUCAGGACCGGUGCCGGAAAGAUGCACCGAUUCUCUUUACUUUCCGACCGUGGGACUAGUUAAACUACUUGCUUUCGAUAAAGAAUAAUCUUUAUGUAUAUUUAAGGCAUUGUCUCUAAAUUCCCACACGGAAUAUGGAGACGUUUAAGUGACGGCACUAUCGGGUCACAUAGUGGUAGAUGGAAGAGAGGAUACGGCUUAUUUAUCAAAAUCGGCCCGAUGCGCUUCAUCACUCGCCUGAUUGGGAUAACGAAGUCGAAGACGGUGGGAAGGGCGAGUUUGAAGCGGCAGGGGGCCGCCGGUGGAAGAUGGCGGAGUGGAGCAGGCGGAUGGGCUGAGGAGCGGAGUUCGGGGCGCUUCGGCUUUACUCAGCGGCACCUGGCCGCGGACCGGAGGACACAUGCAAGCCAAAAAGCGCUUUUUCAUACUGCUCUUCGUCGGUGCAUGCAUCCUGCUGCUGCUUCUUAUUGGAGGGGGACCGGCGCACAGAAGCAGGACGCACCGCAGUGGCCGUCAUCCCGGGCGCUCCUGGCAGCGUUUCUCGGACCCCCUGCAGCCAUUCGCGUCCCCGGAGCAGCCGGAGACCGAUAAUCACGACAUGCGACGAAGAAGGGAUGCCGAUCCCGGCAGGUAUAAAGGAAAGGAGUGCCGUAUGGAGUCAUGCUUCGACUUCUCCCGGUGCGAGAGCAACGGCUUCAAAGUUUACCUUUAUCCGAGGCAGAAGGCGGAUAAGAUCUCAGAAAGUUACCAGAACAUCUUAGCAGCCAUCGAGGGCUCCAGGUUUUACACUCCGGACCCGACGAAGGCGUGCCUUUUCGUUUUGGGUUUGGAUACUCUGGACCGGGACCAGUUGUCGCCGCAGUAUGUGCCCAGUCUGAAAGCGAAGGUGCAGAGCCAACCUUUCUGGGACGACGGCAGGAACCACCUGAUAUUCAACCUGUACUCGGGGACAUGGCCGGAUUACACAGAAGAUCUGAGCUUUGACGUGGGCCAGGCGAUGGUGGCCAAGGCGAGCAUCAGCACGGAGAGCUUCAGACCCAACUUUGACGUCUCCAUCCCGCUUUUCAGCAAGGAGCACCCCAGGAGCGGGGGUGAGCGGGGCUUUCUGAAGUAUAACUCUAUCCCCCCUUUCAGGAAGUACACGCUGGUGUUUAAGGGCAAGCGCUACCUGACGGGCAUCGGGUCGGACACGCGAAACGCCCUGCACCACGUCCACAACGCGGAGGACAUUGUCCUGCUGACCACGUGCAGGCACGGCAGGGACUGGCAGAGGCACGAGGACGGCCGCUGCGCGCGGGACAACGCCGAGUACGACAGGUUUGACUACAGGGAGAUGCUUCACAACUCCACCUUCUGCCUGGUGCCCCGAGGCCGCCGGCUGGGCUCCUUCCGCUUCCUGGAGGCUCUGCAGGCCGCCUGCAUCCCUGUCGUGCUCAGUAACGGCUGGGAGCUGCCCUUCUCCGAGGUCAUCGACUGGAGCAGCGGCGCCAUCAUCGGGGACGAGCGGCUGCUGCUGCAGAUCCCGUCCAUCGUUCGAUCUGUCCACCGGGACAAAAUCCUGUCCCUGCGGCAGCAGACACAGUUCCUCUGGGAAGCGUACUUUUCAUCUGUGGAGAAGAUCGUGCUGACGACGCUGGAGGUAGGCAGGCCGUCUCUGUGCGAGACCACUGGCCGUUUCUCUACUCAAACUGUCGACACGACGCUAUGAGAAGAUAAAAGCUUU